AUGGACCAGCCGGCGUCGGACGCCGGCGCCUGCCUCGAGGUCCGCCUCUUCUACGUGCGCCUAUCGCCCCGCAGCUCCGGAGCUGCCGCCCCGCCACGGCUCUCGCUGGCCAUCCACCACGCCGGGACCGAGGCCUCCCCCUCCUCGCUCCCUCUCCGCCUCGACCGCUGCGACCCAGUCUCUGGCGAGGCCACCUACGUCUCUACCGCGGCCGCGCGCCUCCCCCCGCCCGACGCCUCCUUCGAGGUUGCAGACCACCGCGACGCCGCCCUCCUCCGAGGCACCCUUCGAAGGUGCCCUGACGCCAAGGCCGAUUCCCCUGUCUGGGCGAUCGACUGCGUCCCCGCCGAUGCAGCGGCGGCCUCAGCCUCGGCCUUUGAGGUCUAUGUUGCCGGGUACUGCGCAGGUGAGCCCGCCGUUCUUACGCGAGCCCUGCGGCUGGCCACCCCGGAAGAGGCUGCUGGCGGAUUGGUUCGCCGGCGAUCAGCACCUUUGGCGGCUAUGUGUGAUGAAGACGAGAGUGACAUGAACAUGGGAACCAGGGCAUACCCUGAAGGAUGGUACUCUGAUGACGACGACGGGCAACUCACAUGGUUCAACGCUGGUGUUAGGGUUGGCGUCGGGAUUGGGCUGGGAGUCUGUGUUGGAGUUGGUAUAGGCGUUGGGCUCCUCAUGAGCUCCUACCAAGCAACGGCCAGGAACCUGAAGAGGCGGUUCUUCUGA